AUCCUCUUACUGCUGUACCAAAUCCAAAUCUUACACUCGUUCUCUUCACAACAACGGGAGAGGAGAAAAAAAAAAAACAUAAAAAGAAAAAAAAAAAAAGGUUUAGCUCUCCCUCUCUCUCUGAGAGUUUGGCGUGAGCAAAUGGAGUAAACAGGCUGACGCUGGAUUUUCUCGGGAAAAUGAGAGAAAAGGAAAGAAAAUAAACCGAGCUUCAAGGCGCUUUCUUUAGCUUGUUUUUGGCUCUAACAUUUGUAACCUUAUGCAUCAGCCUUUCAUAUAAAUCUGCUUUAUAUUUAAAGAAAAACAAAAACACCGAAUCUAUAGAGAUUUUUGCAGUGCCAAAUUGAGGACGCAGACACGUUGAGCAUUGAUUGAAGGGGAAAAGUUAGUCAUAAAAUUGAAAAGUUUACAGACAGAUGCUUUCAUGCCUUUUAAGUCUGUUAUCAGACUUAGAUGGAUGCUAUUUCUUCUGAACCAAAUAGCAACGUCCUAAGUGACCAACACCCUUUGCUGAUUGAACGGAUGGAGAGCCAUGGUGAUAGUGAGCACAUAAUUGACAUAACAAGAAAUGAUGAUGCUUCAUCACACUCAUCUCAUUAUGAUCAGCCUCCUGAAGUGGACUUACCACAACGUGAAGAGAGAUCAUCAAGUGCAAGUGGCCCUACUCAUCAAACUUCUUCAUCUCCCUUAAAUCGAUUAAGCUCUAGGAAUCCAACAUUUGCAAGGAGAGGUGAUGGGUAUGAUCAUCGGCACAGGAGUCCUUUGAACUCCGGGCUAUGGAUUUCCAUUGAGCUACUUGUCACUGUGGGUCAGAUUAUAGCUUCUGUUGUUGUUUUGUCGUUGUCUAGAGAUGAAAACCCACAAGCCCCGUUAUUUGCAUGGGUUGUGGGUUAUGCAUCUGGUUGUGUUGCAACACUUCCCAUUCUUUACUGGCGUUUUCGUAACCGCAACCAGAGUGCCCAGCAAGAUUCCGUUCAGUCGCUACAAGGCACUUCCCAGAACAAUCCUCCCGGCUCUACAUCUUAUACAGCCAUUUCUGUUAUGCAUGCUUCAGAUGAGGAAAACUUUCGUUCCUCGGAUGCAACAAUAAAUGAUCAAGCAGCACAACCCUUUGCUGCACGGCUCAAUGGACUAAUGGACAAUUUCAAGAUGGCCCUAGAUUGCUUCUUUGCAGUGUGGUUUGUUGUGGGCAAUGUGUGGAUUUUUGGAGGUCAUUCUACUCCCACUGAUGCCCCCAAAUUGUACAAAUUAUGUAUAGUGUUCCUUACUUUUAGCUGUAUAGGAUAUGCCAUGCCAUUUAUACUAUGUGCAACAAUUUGUUGCUGCUUGCCUUGCAUAAUCUCUCUCCUAGGCUUCCGGGAGGAUUUUUCUCACACUAGAGGCGCCACUACAGAAUCCAUCAAUAGUUUGCCAACCUACAAGUUCAAGUUACAGAAGUGUGAAAAUGAAGAUGAUCAUGACAACUCAGGGAAUAGUGAGGGUGGAGUAUUGGCUGCAGGGACAGAAAACGAGCGUGAAAUAUCAGGAGAAGAUGCGAUUUGCUGCAUUUGCUUGAACAAAUACAUCGACAAUGAAGAACUGAGGGAGCUACCCUGCUCCCAUGUCUUCCAUGUGGAAUGUGUCGAUAAGUGGUUGAAGAUUAAUGCAUCAUGUCCCCUCUGUAAAAGUGAGCUUGGUGACAGCAGUGGUCCUCUGCCAUCGGCAGGAGACUCGACAUAGCAGUAGAGCAAGUGAGAAUGAUGGGUAACGGAUCAGCUGAAUUUAUUACAUGGGAUUUGUUGUCUCAAGCCCUGGGGUAGAUACUGAUGAAGCGCACUCAUCCCCAAGCAAACUAAAUUUUGUUUUAGAGUAAUGUAAAUGGCAACUGCAGGUUGUUGUUUUGGCCUUAGCAUUAGCUUUUAAAUCUAUCUGAAAGUUUGUAAUUGCAUGAUACAAGACAAGUAAGCAUCUCGCUUUUCGCCCCACCCCCUCCCUACUUCCAUGGAAAUAACAAAGAUGUUAUCUGUCUUCUUUUUAUGUUUCUUUUUUACAGAAUAUUCUUGUCUUUUGAAGUGAAGCUAACAUCGGAAUCUUUCAGUUUCA